AUGAAAGUUGCAGUAGGGGAGGUUGUCCUACCAGGUGAUCAAUGUGAAGAAAUUUCUCUUGUUGGAGAGAAAAGUAAAGUUAUACUCGGUCCAGGACUACGAAAAGAAGUCGAUGGCAUUACAAUCACGAAAGCUGGAACUUUGAAGAAGCGAUCACCAAAUACGUAUUGGGUGGACAAUUAUCAGAAGCGAUACAUUCCUUCUCGUGGGGAGAACGUUAUAGGAGUUGUAGUUCAAAAAGCGGGUGAUAUAUUCCGUGUCGAUGUCGGCGGCAGUUGCUCCGCUUCACUCUCCUACCUCUCUUUCGAAGGUGCCACAAAGAAAAACAGGCCAAAAGUUAACAUUGGUGACGUGGUUUACGCUAAAAUGCUCGUUGCUAGUAAAGAUAUGGAGCCUGAAUUAGUAUGCGUAGAUUCACAUGGAAAAAAGGGACGGCUAGGUGUUCUAGAAGAAGGUUUUGUCUUUAAAUGCUCCCUAAAUCUAGUUAGAAAGAUUUUGAAUCCUGAAUGUCCACUAUUGAACUCUUUAAAAAAUGAAUGGCCCUUUGAGUUAGCUGCUGGCUUGAACGGCAGGAUUUGGAUAAAAGCUAAAACUAUGAGGGAAACUAUUGCUGUAGGAAAUGCUCUCUUAGGUUGUGAGUAUCUUAAUACAGAUGAAAUCAAAAGUAUGUGUACCAAUAUUGCAAGUAUACUGGCUGGACAUGUUUCAUAG